AUGAUCCGAAGCGGGUUGGCAGUGGCCGGGGGGCCUCGCUUGAACGGAGGCUGCUGUGAGGCGUCACAGGGCAGUCUCGAAGGGCUUGCCAAGACCGGGUCCUACGGUCGCAUCAGAUGCGUUGGCGAUCUGUGCAAGGGCUCUGAGGCUCCUCAUCCCCAUCGUCCCCUUGCGAGCUGUCCCCGGCGAGCGAGCCGGGAUUCGGAGGAGGGAGAGCAGGCACGCUUAGGCGGUUGUCUUUCGGAGGGGAAAUGGGUUCUUCCCGAAUACUUGGUGUCGCACAAUGAAUGCGGCUCACUUUCUGCCGUGUUCCUGCUGCGCCAUGACAGCGUUCGCGGUCAGUUGGUGGUUCGUGCCAUCGUGCAGGAGUUCCUCUCAUCAUUUUCCGUUGGUUAUUCUCCGAUGACAGAAGGCAUUAGUUCGAUCGAAGGCCUGGGACGAAAUGAAGGCCUGACUCGAGGUUUGAGUCGUGCUGUGCGAGAACUCGAGAAGUGA